AUGGUAAGGACUUAUAAGCGCAAAACAUCGAGAGAUGAUAUUGAUGAAACUAUUGUCGCAAGAGCCCUUACAGAAAUUAGUAAUGGCAGAAUGUCAUUGCGUACAGCAGCAUCGGAAUUUGGCUUAAAGAAAUCAAUGUUGCACAAACGUUUCAAAAAGCAACGGAACACAACGGAAGAUUCCGGUGCAGAAUCUGAUACUGUAGACCAAGGCAAGUCAAAAUAUGCUAGCAAUCAAGUAUUUUCAGCAGAAGAAGAAAAUAUGUUGAAUAGUUAUCUUCUUAAAAGUUCAUCAAUUCACUAUGGUUUGACUUUGCGUCAAACAAGAACACUAGCUUACGAGUAUGCCCUUAAACUAAAUAAAAAAUUUCCCAAUAAAUGGAAUGUAGAAAAACAGGCGGGGAUUGACUGGAUGAAAUCAUUCUUAAAGAGACACAAAAACAUUUCUUUAAGAAAACCUGAAAACACUAGCCUCGCUCGUGCAACUUCCUUCAAUCCAGCAAACGUUAAUGCAUUUUUUUGUAAUCAUAAGAGCGUAUUAGAAAAAUUCAAAUUUGAACCAAACCGUAUACUAAAUUUGGAUGAAACUGGCAUAACUACUGUCCUACCCUCUCCAAAGGUUCUCACUGAGAAAGGCAAGAAACAAGUAGGUCAGAUAGUAUCUUCUGAACGUGGCCAGCUUGUUACCUUUGUAGGAAUUAUAACAGCAACAGGAAAUGCACUACCUCCAAUUUAUGUAUUUCCCAGGGUCCAUGCAAAAGACCACUUUGUGAAUGGCGGACCUAUUGGAGCUGUUGGUUUGGCUCAUAAAAGCGGCUGGAUGACUGCAGAGUUAUUUAUGAAUGUACUGAAGCAUAUUGUGCACCAUCUAUCACCGUCGAAGGAAAACCCCAUUUUAUUACUCAUCGAUAACCACAAAUCACAUAUAUCUCUGCCAGCUUUGUGUUUUUGUAAAGAGAAUGGUAUUGUUGUCCCGCGUUCCCACCGCAUUGCUCCCACAGGCUUCAACCACUAG